GAGAGAGAGAGACGGAGGGAGGAGAGGAUGCGAGCAGGUGGAGCGCCUCUCUGCUGAUGCGCGGAUCCACGGACACGUUGUUCCUUCAUUUAACUCCGAAAAACCUCCGGGCUCUUCUGAAGGCUCUGAAAACUAAGCAGGUGCCAAUAUGGGGAACGGUUCAAUGAAAUCAAAGCGCUACAAACACACUGAUGGCUGUGCGCACAAAGAUCACGGCGGUGGGUUCAAAAACUCGACCCUGGAUUUCCUGAGGGCCCGGGUGGAGGAGCUGGAGCGAGAGGGCAAGAGGAAGGAUGAGGAGCUUUGUGUCAAAGAGCAGCAGAUCAAAGGUCUCCAGGAGCAGCUGGCCAAACACACACGAGUGCUGGCCGAGAUGAGCGAGGAGCUGCAGAGUAAGUGCAUCCAGCUCAACAAACUGCAGGACGUGAUGAAGAGCGGAGCAUCGGCGGGUCUUGCUUCGAGGCCUCCUUCAGUCAAAGCCAGCAGCAGGGGCAGCCCCAACCUCAGCAUUCGCAUCAAGGAAACCCUGAACAGAAGGAAAGGCGCCAAAGCCGGGGUAUCUGCUGAACCCACAUCAAGAACCUACGACUCCAGCGGUCUGCCAAAGUUCUCCUUUGAGAAGGCUCGGGUACCAAAGGAUGCAAGUGUAAAGAAGCUGCUGACAGAUGCCCUCAACAAGAACCAAUACCUGAAGAGGCUGGAGCUGCAGCAGAUCAAAGACAUGGUGGAGUGCAUGUAUGAGCACACUUACCAGCAGGGAGAGUACGUCAUCAAGCAGGGAGAGCCUGGGAACCAUCUGUUUGUCCUGGCAGAUGGGAAGCUGGAUGUGUUUCAGCAUAACAAACUGAUCACAUCGAUAACGGUGUGGACUGCGUUUGGGGAGUUAGCCAUUCUGUACAACUGCACGCGGACCGCAUCAGUGCGAGCUGUGAACAAAGUGAGGACGUGGGUUUUGGAUCGGGAAGUUUUCCAGAACAUUAUGAGGAGGACGGCCGAGACACGACACGAGCAGUAUCGCAACUUCCUCCGAAGUGUUUCACUUUUGGCUAAUCUACCAGACGACAAGCUAAGCAAAAUAGUGGACUGCCUGGAGGUGGAAUACUAUGACAAAGGCGAGUACGUCAUCCGAGAGGGAGAGGAGGGCAGCACCUUUUACAUCAUCGCACAAGGAAAGGUGAAAGUGACCCAGACCACCGAGGCCCACAAGCUGCCACAGAUCAUCAACACGCUGCAGAAGGGAGACUACUUUGGAGAAAAAGCACUUAUAAGUGACGACGUCAGGUCUGCCAAUAUCAUUGCUGAUGAGAACGGGGUGGAGUGCCUUGUCAUCGACAGAGAGACAUUUGAUCAGACGGUGGGCACCUUCAAUGAGCUGCAGAAGUACCUCCAAGGGUACGUGGCAACACUCGAUCGCGACGACAAGAAGAGACAUGCCAAGAGGUCUGUGUCACGCCACCAAAGUCAGCCUCUGUCUCCUGAUGUCAUCCAGCUGAAGGAACUGGUUUCCAAAUUCUCUUCAUCCAGGCCCUUUGAUCACCUGGAGGUCAUUUCUACCCUUGGGGUCGGCGGGUUUGGACGAGUAGAACUGGUAAGACCUUUGGUGAAGGUGAAGGGUGAGGAUGUCACCUUUGCACUCAAGGUCAUCAAAAAGAAGCACGUGGUGGACAACAGGCAGGAAGAACACAUCCACUCGGAGAGGAGGAUCCUCGCAGAGGCUCGCUCGCCUUUCGUAGUCAAACUGUAUCGCACAUUCAAGGAUAACAAAUAUGUGUACAUGCUGCUGGAGGCCUGUCUGGGUGGAGAGGUCUGGAGUCUGCUCAGGGACAGGGGCAGCUUUGAUGAACCUGCUGCUAAAUUCUGCGUGGGCUGUGUCACGGAGGCUUUCGAGUACCUCCACCGGAAAGGUGUCCUCUACAGAGACCUGAAGCCUGAGAACCUCAUUCUGGAUUCUGAAGGAUACAUCAAACUGGUCGACUUUGGUUUUGCCAAGAAGAUCAGAUGUGGCCAGAAGACUUGGACCUUCUGUGGCACUCCAGAGUAUGUGGCACCGGAGAUCAUCCUCAACAAAGGCCACAACUUCAGUGUGGACUUCUGGUCUUUGGGCAUCCUGGUGUUUGAGCUUCUUACCGGCAGUCCUCCGUUCUCAGGAAUUGACCAGAUGAUGACGUACACUUUCAUCUUGAGAGGCAUUGAGAAGAUGGACUUCCCGAAGAAGAUAACAAAGAGACCGGAGGACCUCAUACGCAAGCUAUGCAGGCGGAACCCCUCAGAGCGACUGGGUAAUCUCAAAAAUGGAAUAACUGAUAUUAAGAAGCACAGGUGGUUUAAUGGCUUCAACUGGGAGGGGCUGAAGGCAAGGACGUUACCAUCGCCACUGAAAAGAGAACUUACAGGACCAACAGAUCACAGUUACUUCGACAGCUACCCUCCAGAUGAUGACAGUCCUCCUGAUGAGCUGUCUGGUUGGGACAUGGACUUCUGAGGACUUCUCCUCCAUCUUUCCAACAUUUUCCUUCCACUGCACACAUUAACAACUAAAAUAUAACAGGAAAAGUGGACUUACAGGUGACUUUACAUCACCUCAGCCAUGGUUUAGCAGCUUUAUGAUUGUCACAGAUUCUCCUGCAUCUCCAUACAAUAUGUGCACAUUUGAAUGGAAGCCUUCAAAGGUGUAAAGGUUUGCUGCUUGACUUUUCUUUUACUCUCUGUUUCACACUAUUUUUGACAAAGAUGUCGAGAAAAAUCGAAGCGAUUCAGAACAGUUUUAAGCUGCUCCAACAGCCGUGUCAGCAUUCAACAUUCGAACAAAACUGGAUGUGAAAUGCACAAGCUUUUACCUCAGAGGAGUUGGGCCACCACCAAGACAUUUGCAGAUGCAGAUUAAGAACAUUACCAGAAGGGAUUUUUUUAAUACCAACAAAACAGAAGGUUCUGGUUAAUGGUGCUCAGUGUCACAUUAAUUAGCAUGAAGCUGCCUAGCUUGACAUACAGGAUUAAUGUAUUAAUUGUUAACCCAGACAAAACUUCAGAUGUAGCCCCGUUAUGCAACAAAAAAAGAAAUAUUUGUAAUAUUUGUGUUGAAUCACAUUAAGUCAGGUAAGUUAACACUCCUUAGCUGGCUAAUGUUAGUGGGCUAAGAGGACACUCAGGGCUACUGUGGCUGCACAGAAUGAACUAGCUCAAUUUGUGGUAUUACUGUGGAAUAUAACAUUAGGUUCCCAUAGUUAGAAUAAGUAAGGUUAGCAUCACAGUAGGAUAAAAUUCUUUCUAUACCUUCUAUAAGACGUACACUCAUCAGCAACUGGGAGUCACAAGCCAUAUUAUCAGUUCAACACCUCGUACAGCCGUAGACACUCAGUAACAAAAAUGCCACACAAAUGGCUUAAUUGGCUCACUGCAGAGUUAAACAGCUCGUUAUGAAGCCGUCACCCUGGAACCGGGUAUUGGGAUACACUAGGAGUCAAUAAUAACGCUAUUAUAAACAUUAAUGAGCUUCUCUAUAAUCUGCUGCUGAUAUGUGCUGCACCAGGGUGGUGUGCUGGAUAAACACCUCCACCCCAUAUUCAAUUAAAAUGUUUAUUUUUAUUUAUAUAGGCCCGGUUCACAACAGUUGUCAUCUCAAGACUCAUUACAUUAUAAGCUAAAGAUCCUACAGUAUUACGGAGAGAACCUCAAAGAUCACAUGAUCCCCUUUGAACAAGUACCUGGCGAAGAGGAAGCUCUCCUAUCUAACAGGUAGAGAAGCAGAACCAGCCUCAGGGAGGGGCAGGAAACUAAUCAAAACUACAGGAGAGUUGAUCCCAUGCAAUAGGGCGAUAUAAACACAUGGGAAGCGAUAACAGCCAGCACUGUGACUGGAGGAUAAACUCCUCCAUGUAACUGUCCCCUUGUGGAAGUUUGAGCCCCUCUGUAAAGCACAGUAACCCUGUGAGUUAUUUUAGAGCUGGUGAAAGGGAACCUGCACUUUAACCAGUCCUGAACGUGCACUAUAUUCUUAAAAACAUCUCCCAGUGGCAAUGUGGACAUUUCAGGGUAGCUUUCCAGUUGGUAAUGCCCACAAAAAACAGUAAAAACACAAUUUGUUGUACUAACAUCACAUUAGAGUAACUACAGAAAUGCAGAAAUUACAGAAAAGAUUCACUGUCGUGUUUGUAGUUUUAGAUUUCCUGAAGUUAUUGGGUACAGCUUAAGCUUUUUUAAGUUUGCCCUCAGGCACGGUACAUUUUAUGGAUGGUCCAGAAAUACUCGGCUGGUGUCAUCGAGCUUCAUAACCGAUUGCUUUGGAGGGACCAAGAGUUUAAUCAGCAUUCUUUGCCAUACGUCAUACUAUUAUUAUUUUGAAUUCCCUAAUUGCUUUUUUACUUCAGAAACAUUGAUGCGGCCUUUAUUUCUAACAGCUAAAGGGAAUUUGCGUUGAAAACCAACACACGCUGGAUAUGUACCCCAACAGAAACAUCUAUGAAGCAUCUGUAGCUCCUUGUGCCAACUGUGUUAUCCUCACAGCCUCUUCACUUUUGCCACAGAUGACAAACAAAGACAGGAACGCCUUCUCUCCACUUGAAUCAUAAAGUGUGAGCGUCUUGCGGUGGGCUUCCUGAGCCGGAGACAUGUUUGGUCGUUCUGAGCCGUUGAUGAUGUGAGGAGGAACAGCAGAGGCCGAAGUGAGCAGAAUAUGUUUAGGGUUUACUGUGAGGUGAUUCUGAGGAACCUGGGGUUUAAAAUGCUGUGUUUUCCAUUUUAAACAUUUGAGGUACCACGUCUCUGUGUAUAUACUCAAUAAUAUAAAGCACAAGCAUCCGAAAUACACAGUUUAUACAAUCUAACCUACUUGCUCCUUUAUAUAAACCUUAAAAAAACGGGUGAGUGAAUUUGUAAAUAUCAUGUAUAUUGUAAAUGUGUCCUCUGAUUGGUGAAUGUAUGUGUGAGUUUGGAAUAGCAGUGCUGUUUCAGGACAGAGUUGUGGGAUUUUUUAACUGCAUUUACACAAUCCCUUCAAACAGAUCGGUUUAACAUUUGAACUUUUUCAUUGUGAACAUUUUAUUAGUAAAGUGGCAUUAACUCCAAUUUCCUUUGGGCUGAUCUGGAGGUUCUAGUCCACAACAGAUAUUUCCUUUUCCUUUCAACAGCCCUAAAAGAGGUCUUACCUGUGGUUGGAUCACACUCAAAGAUGUGGGCUGCCCUAGAGUGGCCAACUUGUUGCUGCAAUGGAAAACCGGAGGUGGAUUUAGACAUUGAAUUCACAAAUUCUACUGUCAUUACUGCAGAGGCAGAUCUGAUGGUAAAAGCAGAGGCAUUUUGGUUAAUGGCAGUCAGCUGAGCCCUCUCUGACAAAUGAAGCUAGUGGUCUGUGUGUGAGAGUGGAAGUUGUUGGUUCAUUUAAAUGACUCAUGAUGUCUUGCAUUGUAAUCAGAAAUGUUUCACACUCUUGUGUUACAUCUACAAGCUCUCACACGUUGCUACAUAUUUACCUUCGUACAGUUUAGGCCAGCAAGCCCACGGGGUGUGAUCAUAAAGUUAUGAGAACGGGUCAAUAAAAAAAAGAAACGUUGCCCAGUUUGAGUCGCCUUGUUGUGCAACUUUGGACCAUUUUCAGCAUGGCUGCUAUUCUCUCAGAGGAAGUCCCAUUAUGUACUUGUACCUCUGAUAUGUGCUGGAUUUAUUCCACUGCGUCAAAAUGGUGAUUCCUCAACCUUUCAGUGGGUGUGCUUCAACCUUUCAGAAAAGCAAAUCUGUCAAGUGUACUUUGCACUCAAACUGGACAGCUAAAAACCUGCUAAGCUGUACCUGCAGACCCAGCUCUCAUCAGCCGUGACAGUGCGAGAUACAAAAUCUGGGUCAGCUGGAAGCAGAAGUCUGAGGUUGGUGAGAAAUCGCAGCACGGACAGUGAAAUUUGUCAGAACUGGACAUCCGGGGAGGGAUCUAAAAAUAGCAGCCAUGCUGGAAGAUGACUGAGAAGAUGACCUUAUGCGAUUGGCCAAAUAUAAAUCAGGCAAAGCUUUUACAUUUUACGAAUAUGUUCGAAAGUUCUUAAUCAAAUUUUAUAGUGUAAUAACAGAUAUGUGGGGAGGCAGCUAAAUAGCUGACUUUAACACUUUAAAAUGGUUGAAGAUAAAGUGAUUGAACUUAACUGGAUUGCUAAUCAGCACACAUAAUGUGCUACACUGUAUCUAUACCUGCCUUUGUCUGACGCGAUCCUAAAAAUAUAUAUACACUGUAUAUGAAAAAAAAGUAAAUCUAAUAAAGGGAGCACACAAGCAUCCCUGUACAUACAGAUAUACCUUUGAAUUUUGGUACUUGUACCUUGUACCUCAGAAACGGAUUUUGUGUUAUUUUCAGGAGGUACAGAGGGAGAAAAUACAUGAACUUUAAGUAUUUUUCUUUUGUUUUGUUUUAAAAUGGGAUACAGCAUUUCAUAACCAAAGGUUGACAAAAAAUAAAUACAAUAAAAGUCUUGAUAGAUUUUGUUCUUGCAUACUUUUAUUCAUUUCUUUGAAUGCUUUGGAAGGAGGGUCCGAGCUCAGAGGAGGGAGACCUUUAAACAGUUCACCACACUUUUAGUCAGUAGUGACAAAUGUCCAUUGCAGAUAUAAAGACCAUUGACAUUUCUGAGCUUCGGCCCCCCCUUUCCCAGACCACACCUUUACAAGAUAUGCAACAUAGAGAAAAUAAAUAGAUGCAUGUUAAAGGCCUUUUCCAUAUACAAAUAUAUUUUAUGAAGCUUAUUGUACAGGCAUUUCUUUGUUUAACCUACAGCACAACAUUUACACGAGAAGAUGAAACAGUGAAGUAAAGGUCGAUGCGCUGCGCUGUAUAUGACUGCACCGAUUCAUACUCAGAAAGUUGAGUCACAAAUGCAGAAAAAGCAAGGAUCCAAAAAGUGACGCGUCAGCAGUCGUCACAUCUGCCAAGUUGGACUGGCACGAACGGAGGAAGCCACUUCAUUCUAUAACAUGCAUUUCUAAAAGUUGUGUCGGCACAAAACGAGGAAGCACAAACUGUAAAACGUGUCAGUACAAAAUAUAGAAAGUUAUACAAUCUGCCCUCGGGUAUUGACACAAAAUAAAUGUCUCUGGAUUAUCAAAAUGGUUUGAAAUACAUUUGAGAAUAAAUUCCACAAAAGAAUACGCGCUAUGUUCACUCUGGAGCCUAUUUUGUACCAUAAGAAAAAUACUCAGCUGCUUGCUUUGACUUGAGCUUCACGAUGAAUCAACUCAAACUUUUUGUGAAGCAGAAAUCCACCCAUUCAAAAAGGCACUUCUAUCUCAAAGACGCAUCAUUGUAGUAGAGUGAGCUAUAUACAAAGGCAAUGUACAAGUGUAUAGAAAAAAACGCUGCUAUAAUUACGUCUGUUUGCUCUGAAUAAAUAUUUGGUUUUAUGAACUGUGACAAUAACGCACAACUCAAGGCAAGGUUACGACAUGUUAACUGCUCCUCCAGGUGUGCCUGUUGUUUGUAGCUGAUCUGACUCAAAUAACACACCCUCUAAUGAUUUAUGUAAAACCCACUCUGUAGAAUAAUACACAGUAAUAAUAAUGACGGUCAUAUUGCUCAUACUGCUCAAAACGUGAAUAACAGAAAGGACAUAAUAAUGCACAGCUUGUUUUUGUUUCAUCUCAUUUUUUCUACUGCCGCCACUGUACCCAGCUGAUGUUAGUAGCUUGCACCAAGUACCACUUUUCAGUUUUUCCUGAAGCUGAAAAACAGCACAAAGGUGAAACUGAAAUCCAUGUAAAAGUCAGAGUAGUGGUACCUUUCAAUAUUCUAUACCUUCAAGAGGU